GUUUUUGAUAUAAAGACCAAAAAAACUUUUAGCAUAUGUGACACUCGCUUUAUCUUUCUAAUUGAUAAUCAUAUUUUCUCGAAUAAAUUGCCUCCGACUCUAUGAAACAUAAAUAUCAUAAUUAACGUUUGCUUUUCAAUUCGGUUGUAAAAAUUACGAAUCUACCCCUGUCGGCUUAAUAUAAGAACCCUAGUUCUCCCUUCUAUUUUUGACAUAAACAUCUCUCUCCUUCUCUCCCCCACUCACCGGAAACUGACUCCGACGUACAUCUCCGGCUUCACAUUACAAAACCAAGUUGAAAAUGAUGAAAGGAGGCAACAAACUGAUGAAGCUGAAAUCAGUUUUGAAGAAGCUCAACUCGUUCAACACCAAGCCGAACCAACCACCGAGUACUCCAGCCUAUCACGGUCGCUCCUCCUCCGUGAGUGCAUUUCCCUUAGAAGACCUUCACACCGUCUACGUCGGCAGAACACGGCGUCCGUACCAGGUGAGCUCUGAUGUCGUGAGCCAUCCGCUCUUCCAGCAGCUAGCGGCUAUGGAUGGUGGAUGCGGCAGCGAGGACGGUUCGAUCGCCGUGUCGUGCGAGGUUGUCUUGUUUGAGCAUCUCCUUUGGAUGCUUGAUAACGCCGACGCCGACGAGUCACGCCCAGAGUCGGUCCACGAACUCGUCGAGUUCUAUGCCUGUUAACUUCUCGUAUGAUUAAUUUAGGUGAAAAUUAUACUACUAAUGAUUUAUAUAUGUUUGUAUAUUCUAUACUUAAUUAGUAUACUUUACACACAGCCUUUUGUUAAGAUCUUUCUUCUUCUUUUAAAUGAUACAAAAAUAAAUAAAUAAAUAAAUAAAUAUAUAUAUUUCAAUGUGUAAAAAUUGUCGUGCAAUUUGUAAUAUAAAAAUGUUGUUUUAUUAAAAAAAGUUGCAAUGUCAAUGUAGAUCAAUUAAUAGUCGUUCAAAUCAGUUGCCGGACUCUGCAGGCGCGAAGAAGAUCUAGAUAUAAUGGUCUGAUCAACGGAAAUUACAUUUGAUUGACGCGAUUUGCUCGAUUUAGCUAUUAAACGCUCAUAAUUAGUCAAGAUGGAUCCAUAUAUAUCCCUUUGCAUGGAUUACUAAGGUUUUAGCCAUCUUUAAGGGAUUUCAAAUACAAGGAAGAUUGAGAAGAACUUAAUGUUUGGCCGAAGGGAAUUAAGCCUAAAAGGGCAGACCAUCCGAAUAGGCUAUUGGUACAUUCAAUACAUCUUAAGAAAAGAUAUAGAUAUUUUCAGGCUGAAUAUGUGCAUUAGAAUGAGACUGAAAAAUCAUUUUAAAAGAAAUAGUAAAAAUUAGUUGUUAGAAUGUCAGUUGGGGCGAGCAAAAUUUUUAGUUGAAAAUCUUUCAAAUGAUACAAUAAUCAAUAAAUAUUUCAUGUAAUAUGAAAAGAUUGUCUUAGAUUUUUUAAUAUAUAAGAAUGUACAAUGUCAAUACAAAUCAAUUAAUAGAUUGGAUACAUAUGCUGGUCUGUCAAAUGAGCUGACCAGACUUUGAGAGAUUAGCCAGUAAGAUUUUAUACGUUUAACAAAAUUGUUAUUAAUCUUUAUCACAAUAUUUACAAAAGAACAAAUAUUAUACAAUUAUAUAAUGAAUUGUAGUAUAUAAAUAAGUAGUUUUGGUGUAAAUAUUAAAACUGCGUUAUCUAUCUUAAAAUCUCCGAAAUAUAAAUAAGUAGUUUUUGAAUAUUUUAAACUCAAUAUAGGCUGAUCAGCGCCUCCCCUCCCCCAAAAUAUAAUUUAGAUGAAUGAAAAAAUAUAUACGCAAGAUCACUUCCAGUUAAAUGAAUGAUAAAAUGAAUAUUUUUAACUAAUUAACUAUUAAAAAUAGAUGAAAGAGGGAAUUAGAACUACUCACAAAAACAAAACUCAGAAACUCACAACAGCUGCACCGUAUCUGGGUUCAAAUGUUUUCAUAGGUUUUGUAAGAAAAUAUUAAUUUUGUUUGGUAAAAUCGUCUUUCAUGAGGAAUGAAAAGCUGUAUAUAUUCUUUGUUUCUCUUAGAUAUCUUACAUGUUGUAACACUAAUUAAACAUUUUCAUCCCCACUAAUCAUUUUUAUGACAUUCCCCAAUUUUAAAAAGUAUAAAACCCAAAAGUAUCAUACGCCUGAUUUGUCUCUAGUCUUUAAUAUUUGCACCAAAAAAAUGAUUUGUCUCUAGUCCUUACACGCCCAAGCUCAUAAAAACAUCAUCGCGUGGCAACACUAUUUUAGCCCUGAGCAUCACAACAGGGUGUAUGGGUGAUCCAACUGAUCGUGCAGUAUUCAUUACUCAUUAGCCAACUUGGUCGACACACACAAAACGAUACUGAUGCAGCGCAUCUUAGCAUGGAGCCGUUUAUGUUUUGUCCAUUAUUUUGGGAUGUUGGUUUUUUUACUUUUUUGCUACACGAGAUAAUAACAACAGAGAACAUAAACGUCUUAGCAAAGAAAAACAGAGAACAUAAAUGUACACAUUUUUCGUACAAUAGAGGUUAUAUUUUUGUUUUAUCUCGCAUCACUCUGACCACCGAAUCCCUUCAUAUCUAACAUAACUUAAAUCCCCCUUGAAAAAAAAAAU